ACAGAUGUAACUUGCAGGGUACACAGAACACCCUGCUUGCUGUGGACUGCUAACAGUCAUAGACCUGACUAGUAGCAGUCACAAAAUUUAAUAGAGAGUGGUGUCUUUCCAGCCCUUCCACUGGAAUUGCUUAACUUUGAAUACAGUCUUUCAAACUGGAAGGAUGCAGGAUGGGAGCGGUGAUCACACUGUCCCUUUGUCUCAGAUGUUAAAGGAGGCAUACUCUGCAGAGAGGAGGCAACAGGAGGAUGUCAGUGACAGUGCUGUGCUGUCGGAGGACUCCUCACACAGUGAACAUUACUUUGAUUCUUUAGCGGAGAUGGGAGACACCGAUGGAGACUUCUCUGUGCUUUCGGCUUUUCUCAACCAGGACGAGAUCAAUAAAAGCCUUGAUCUUGCUCGAGAGGCAUUUGCUGCUGAAAGCCCCCAAGAACCAAGCCACGAGCAGCAGUUUUCCUAUUUCUUUAACACCCCUUUUCUUAAUACGACUGAAAACGCCUCGCUCCCAGAGACCAAAACCCCUCCUUUUGUGGAUAUAAAACCUUCUCAGGACACACUUCUGGACUCUCCUCAGACCAGAAGUCCUGCUUUGGAUAAUUAUGAUUUACACAAGGACACCAGCAGUCAGAGGCCCCAGACGCAAACAAACACGGACAACCAACUUCAAGCGCCGAACGACGAUUCUGCGCCAGAAAAAAAGUCGAUCCUUUCCGAAUACAAAAGGGACAAACCGAAACUUGUUCACCAGGAGCUGUACCACAGUGACGCGGGGUCCAAGAAUGAGUUUUGCAGUCGAGCGGCUUCUUUCAUUGAGGAGCUGUCAGCCAUGUUUAGGGGCUCUACGAAGCCAGAGAGGUGUGCGGACGACGACUCCUCAUCACCAGACAGCGGGUACCUGUCUCCUAAGGAUCACAGUUUGCCACCCUGCGUAUCGGCAGAGCCGCUGGGCAGAGAUCUUCAUCAGCAGGUGCCAGAGGGGCAAAACCUACCCUUUCUGACAUCAGAGGCCCCAGGUGGAAGCACUCAAGAAGACAGCAACACACUCACUUGCCCUCCUGGUCCACCACACUUCACCCAGAAACUCAGGAGCCAGGAAGUGGCAGAAGGGAGCUGCGUCCAACUGGAGUGCCGAGCUGCAGGAAAUCCCGAACCGCUGGUCAAAUGGUACUGUGAGGGCAAAGAGCUGCACAAUUCGCCAGACAUUCAGAUCUCUCAGGAUGUGGAUCUUCACACGUUAGUCAUCACUGAAGCUUUUGAGGACGACACCGGGCGCUACACUUGUGUGGCUUCAAACUCUUUUGGAUCAGAUAAUACAUCAGCUGAAGUUUAUAUUGAAGGGGCAUCGUCCUCCGAUUCGGAAGGGGAAGGAUCCACACUGAACGCCCACACAGGAGGAAUGCCGCAGGCGCAGAAAAAAACCACGUCUGUGUCUCUCACAAUCAGCUCUCCCACAGCCAAGAGUCCAGAGGUUCCUCCACAUCGCUCGACCCUCAUCCAGCCUCUCUCUGCUCCUGCCCAGCGGGUGCAGAGUCCAGUUUCUUCACUCUCUGGACAAGAUGGACCUAUUGCAGUAUCUCCAGUUUUCACUAAGCCGCUGCAAGAUGCCACAGCAUCAGAGGGCCAAGUCGUUGUCCUGGAGUGCCGAGUAAAGGGCACCCCCCCACUGCGUGUGCAGUGGUACAGGCAGGGAGAGGAGAUACAAGACUCUCCGGACUUCCGCAUCCUGCAGAAAAAGCCUCGAUCUGCUGCAGAACCUGAGGAGAUCUGUACGCUGGUGAUUGCUGAGACCUUCCCUGAAGAUGGAGGUGUUUUCAGAUGCACAGCCAGUAACAGGUUUGGCUCAGUGAGCUGCUCCGCUCAGCUGGCCGUGUACUCAGUUACCGAAGAGCCCUCUAGCAAUGGAGUUUCAGCUGAAGACUCUGCUUUGGAAGACGUACAGUCCUUCCCGCCACCUCCGCCCCCCUCAGAAAUCAGCUCUCUGGUGCUCCCGCCAAAGUGCUCCUCUGGAGAGGGUCUUCAUGUCAACGAGCUGGAGAUCUGGCCCAGCGUGGGGGCUCUAAAAGUGCAGCGCUUCAGCCUAGGGGAGGAGAAGACCAAUGGGGUCCACAGUAACCAGCAGGCCGUUGGGGUUCCCAAGGCGAUGAAUGCCUCCUUCCAGUCUGCUCCAGUCACACCUUCCGCUGUGAAGGAGCUGCCCCUGGCAACCAAGCCCAAGCCCAAACUAGGCCCAGAGCAACUGAAGCACCUGCAGAACCAGAUCCUCCAGGAGCAGCAAGAGGCCGCUCAUCCGCGGCAGCCACCGGAAGUCCCGCCUCCGCCGCCGCCGGCCCCACCUCCCUCUCCUCCACUUCCGCCUCCUCCCUCCUUCCAGGAGCUGGAGAGCAGCCAGCAGGCCCCCGCCCCCAUGAGCCUCGUCAACUCGCACGGCCCGGCCAACAGCAUGCAGAGCAGCAGCACCUUCAACUACGCGCGGCCCAAGCAGUUCAUCGCGGCCCAGACGGCGGGGGGCUCUUCCUCGGGGUACAUGACCCCUUCCUCUGGCUCAUCCGGCUCCAGCCUGCCCUCUCCGCUCUCCCCGCCGAGCCCUCACAAGCAGCUGAACAAAGUCAGCCUGCCUCCCUUCCAGCAUUCGUACCCCUACAAAAGCGACAGCAUCGGCUCGCCGGUGUCGCCCUCCUUCCCUCCCCCUCCUCCGCCGUUCCUGGGCUCCCCGACCUCCUUGGCUGCUCCGGACAACUUUCCCCUGCCUCCUCCACCCCCUCCUCCUCUGCCUGUCGUCAGCCCCGCAACGGCCCCCUCCUCUGAGGAAAGAAGUUCCCCCUUCUCUCCGCAGCAGACCUCGGCCGUCUUCCUCAGCUCCAUGCUUCCCUCCCAGCCUCCACCACCGCCUCCAGUCAAUGCCCUGGGCCUCCCCAAGGGAAACAGCCCCAUGGGAUUCUCAAAGAAGGCUGUCAGGACUUCACGGAUUGCUUCCGACUCUGAGAUUCAGGGCACCAAGGAUGCUGUCAUUCAAGAUCUUGAGAGAAAACUGCGCUUUAAAGAGGAACGUUUAAGCAAUGGACAGCAGAGAUUAACAUAUGAGGAGAAGAUGGCUCGUCGCCUGCUGGGCGCUGACAAUGCUGCCACUGUCUUUAAUGUACAGGAAGCAGAAGAAGAGCCCACCACACAGGAGUACAAGGUGUCGAGCUUUGAGCAGCGUCUAAUCAGCGAGAUCGAAUUCCGCCUGGAGCGCUCCCCAGUCGAAGAGUCUGAUGAUGAAGUGCAGCACGAUGAAGGGAGCUCACCUGGCCAGCAGGUGGCUCCCUUCUUUGACCAAAAGCUCAAGCAUUACAAGGUCUUUGAGGGCAUGCCUGUCACUUUCGUCUGCAAAGUCAUCGGAGACCCUAAGCCAAAGAUUUACUGGUUUAAAGAUGGCAAGCAGAUCUCCAAAAGGAGUGAGCACUAUAGGAUCAGCAGGGAGCCAGAUGGUACCUGCUCUCUGCACACUGCUGCUGCCUCCCUUGAUGACGAUGGGAAUUAUACAAUCAUGGCAGCCAAUCCAGAGGGCAGGACAAGCUGCACGGGCCGGAUGAUGGUGCAGGCGGUCAACCAGAGGGGCAGGAGCACUCGUUCCCCUCCAGGACACACCAGGAGACCUAGGUCACGGUCCCGGGACAGCGGGGAAGAGAAUGACAACAUCCAGGAACGUCAUUUCCGACCACAUUUCCUGCAGGCACCCGGGGACCUGAUUGUCCAGGAGGGCAAGCUCUGUCGGAUGGACUGCAAGGUGAGUGGAUUGCCAACACCAGAUCUUAUUUGGCAGCUGAAUGGCCAAACUAUCCGGCCUGACAACUCUCACAAAAUGCUGGUGAGGGAGAACGGAGUGCACUCUCUCAUCAUUGAGCCAGUAACCUCCAGAGACGCGGGCAUCUAUACCUGCAUCGCAAGCAACAGAGCUGGGCAGAACUCCUUCAACCUGGAACUUAUCGUCGCAGCUAAAGAGAUGCACAAAGCCCCCGUCUUCAUUGAAAAGCUGCAAAACACAGGUGUAGCCGAGGGUUUCCCUGUACGCUUAGAGUGCCGUGUGUCCGGGGUGCCAUAUCCACAGAUUUUCUGGAAGAAGGAGAAUGAAUCUCUUACUCACAAUACUGAUAGAAUCAGCAUGCACCAGGACAAUCACGGAUACAUCUGUAUGAUAAUACAGCCGGCAAAAAAGGAGGAUGCUGGCUGGUACACCAUAUCUGCUAAGAACGAAGCUGGAAUUGUCUCAAGUACUGCUAGGCUGGAUGUCUACACUCAGUGGCAGCAGCACUCGCAGACGCCCAAGCCGAAGAAGGUGCGCCCGGCGGCCAGCCGUUACGCGGCGCUGACGGAGAAAGGACUGGACGUCAAGGCGGCCUUCUUCCCCGAGGCCAACCCCAUCAGCCUGCUCACCCAGCCCGAAUUGGUGGAGAGCGACGACCUCUAAAAACCAGAGGGGCGCCCCCCCCCUCCACCCUUCGAGUGCCGGACCCAGACCCUGCCCCGGACUCGGAUUAAGGAAGAAGCCGUGCUCAAAGAGAAGAUCCUGGCCUUCGAACGUGACCACGCUCAUAGACCCUGCAUUCACUCUCGGCUCACCGGCGGAUGUGCUGGCAUACAGAGUCCUGAAUGAAAUAAUGCACUGCAAAGGUUUCAGCUCCUAUUUACUUGCAUCAGAUUUUGAUUGUUUCAAGGAUACUCUACUAGACUGUAGCCACACUAUCCAUUAAAUAAGUAUUCGUAUUAGUCUCAUGCAACAUUUAAAGUCAGGUAAAUGUGCUACGUGCCAGGUUUCUAUUGCAUGGUUUUUGGAUACAAAACUCAUAUUUUCUAAACAGCUGGCACAGCACAGGUAGGCUUUUUUAUUUUAAUAUAAAGUGGCUAGAGUAGCUCAAUAUGUGUAUCGUUUUCAGGUAUCACUGCGUACACAUCUUAUUUUUGAAUACUGAAAAUAAAAAAAAAACCGAGUAUACAACGCAUGUACUUGCAAGUUCCCUGUUCUAGAAGAACGGGUUAGUUUUCGAGAAAAAAAAAAACAGCAAUAUUUACGUCACUCUAUUUUUCAGGUUAGUGAUGAAAUAAGUGCCUUUGUGCAAUUUAAUGUGACGUGUACGUACAUCGCAGUAAUACACAGUCAUAUUUUUCAUCAAAUGUGUCGACUCACAAUGCAUGUUACGAGGUUGUCGUUUUUAUAUGAGAAUCCUGAGGGUUCCACAUUCUUAGUGAUACAGAAUAACGUGAAUCACAGGGAGGGCAAGUGGAAUAAACAAAAUCAUCCCUGCCUAGGGGACAGUGAACAAAGAUGCUGAAAUGGCUGUUUUUCUUCGUGGUGCCUUAAGGUGUAAAGCAGUCAUUUCAGCAAGAUCUUAUGCAGUAUACAAAUACAGAACACCUUUUGUUUUUUACGUGUACCAUUUUCUCAUUACAGCCCACAUAAACAGCUAUAGGUUUUGCACAAGGUUGGGUCUCCUUUCCUUUUUUUUUUUGCUGAAGCUGUUGUGUAAUUAGUAAGAGAGUUUUUGCCAAAUGUUACCAGUUCCAUGGAAAGCGUACUGUGGUUCCUGUGAUAAGUUGAGCGAGUUAGUGCAGUAAGUUGAUAAAUGGAUGUUGUCUGCUAGUGGGGAAUGCGAGGUAAGCGCAAAGCAGAGCCCGGCAAUCAAACCUGUAGAUAAGUAGCUAAUGUAGGGGUGGAUAGGUUAAAGCAAAUGUCAGACAAAUGAAUGAAAUGGGUUAAGACAUUAAUACUCAAGAUUGUUUACUUUGCCUUUGUUCUUUGAGGCCUUUAGUCUUCAAAUACCUAAAGCAAGAAAGAUAGGUUUCAUUGUGGAGGUCACACGCAGCUCCAUGCUACAUUUAUUUUUUGCAUAAGAGAAAAGAAUUAACAACAGCUUUACGCAGAAACUUUCAGUACAGUAUUUUGUAAUCCCUUUGUUUAGGCAAAUGCAUACCCUAAGCAUGAUUCCUAUUGUCAAAUGGGUUCCUAUAAAUUAUAGCAGUGCCUUGAGGAUCACUUUAGCAUAUUUUGAAUUAUUUAUAUUUGUGCGUGAACUACAUUGUAGACUUUGUUUUUUAGGUACUAAGGCUUACUUUUAUAAAGUCAUUUGUGCAAGGAUCUACAGGCAAAGUAGGAAAGCAAAACAUUUUAGAAAAUAAAGCUUGCAACUACUACAGACACUUUUUGCUAACAAGAGCUAAUAUCUCUUAACACAAGAAUUUACAUAUUUGGUUAAAUAUUCAUUCUAUCCCAGGUAACAAAAUGCAUCUCACUAAUACCUGUUCAUCUCCACAGAUUUCAUCACUGUUUCAUUAUAUUGUGUAAGUUAGUUCUAUAGUACUAUUUUUGUCACCUUUUUGUUUCCAUGCUUUCUGGUGCUUUUAUGGAUUGUUCUCCUAACUUUCUUUUGGUUUAAAAAUAACAAUAAACAUAUCUCUAAGUAAAAA